AUGGUUUCUGCCUCCAAGGCCGCCCGUAUGGCCAAGCGCGCUGAGGCCGGCGACAAGAAGUCCAAGAAGGAGGUUGAGGCCACCGGCGAGCAGCCUGCCACAACCGACGAGAAGAUGAAGGAGGUCGAGAAGCUCACCCAGCAGAUGGACAAGCACGGUCUGUCCGAUCGUGUCACCACCGGUGUCCUGUCCUCACUGCCGGCUUCUCGCGAUGUUAAGAUUACCUCUGCUUCCCUUGUGUUCCACGGCAAGGUCCUCAUCACCGACUCCACUCUCGAGCUCAACUUCGGUCGUCGUUACGGUCUGCUCGGUGAGAACGGAUGUGGAAAGUCUACCAUCCUCAAGUCUAUCGCCCAGCGCGAGUACCCUAUUCCCGAACACAUUGAUAUCUACCUUCUGAAUGAGGGUGCUCCCCCCAGUGACCUCGGUGCCCUUGAGUGGGUUGUCCGUGAGGCCCAGAACCAGUUGGCCAACAUGGAGAAGAAGGCCGAGGAUAUUCUUGAGGAGAACGGUCCCGAGGACCCUAUUCUGGAGGAUCUCUACGACCGUAUGGACAAGAUGGACCCCUCCACCUUCGAGAUGCGUGCCUCUUUGAUUCUGACUGGUCUCGGUUUCAACAAGACCACCAUCCACAAGAAGACCAAGGAUAUGUCCGGUGGUUGGCGUAUGCGUGUGGCCCUUGCCAAGGCCCUCUUUGUCAAGCCCUCGCUCUUGCUGCUUGAUGACCCCACUGCUCACUUGGACUUGGAGGCCUGUGUGUGGCUCGAGGAGUACCUGAAGAAGUGGGACCGCACCUUGGUGCUGGUCUCUCACUCCAUGGAUUUCCUGAACGGUGUCUGCACCACCAUGAUUGAUAUGCGCAUGCAGCAGCUCAUGUACUACGGUGGUAACUACGACUCUUACCACAAGACCCGCUCCGAGCAGGAGACCAACCAGGCCAAGGCCUACACUAAGCAGCAGGAGGAAAUCCAGCACAUCAAGAAGUUCAUUGCCUCCGCUGGUACCUACGCCAACUUGGUGCGUCAGGCCAAGUCCCGCCAGAAGAUUCUCGACAAGAUGGAGGCCGAUGGUUUCAUCCAGCCCGUCAUUCCCGACCGUGUCUUCACUUUCCGCUUUGCCGAUGUUGAGAAGCUUCCCCCUCCCGUCCUGUCCUUCGACGAUGUCAGCUUCUCCUACUCCGGCGAGUGGGCCGACACCCUGUACGAGCACCUCGACUUCGGUGUUGACAUGGACUCCCGUACCGCCCUUGUCGGCCCCAACGGUGUUGGCAAGUCCACUCUCCUCCGUCUGAUGACCGGCAAGCUCAGCCCCAUCGGUGGUCGUGUCAGCCGUCACACCCACUUGAAGCUCGGUCUGUACAGCCAGCACUCUGCUGAGCAGCUCGACCUGACCAAGUCUUCUCUUGAGUUCGUCCGUGACCGUUUCCCCGAGAAGUCCCAGGACUACCAGUACUGGCGUCAGCAGCUGGGCCGCUACGGUCUCAGCGGUGAGUCCCAGACUGCCAUUAUGGGUACCCUGUCCGAGGGUCAGAAGUCUCGUAUCGUCUUCGCUCUGCUCGCUAUCGAGUCUCCUAACAUGAUUCUGCUCGACGAGCCUACCAACGGUCUCGAUAUUCCCACUAUCGACUCCCUGGCCGAUGCCAUCAACGCCUACCAGGGUGGUGUUGUCGUCGUGUCUCACGAUUUCCGUCUGCUUGAUAAGAUCGCCAAGGACAUCAUGGUCUGCGAGCACAAGACUGUUCGUCGCUGGGACGGCAGCAUUGGCCAGUACAAGAAGUACCUCCGUGACAAGAUGGUUUCCGCUGGUGCUGUCUAA